AUGGCAGAACGACGACGCCUCUCUCUCCUUUGCAGCCGUAUCCGAACCCAACAGUUACCUCUCUCUCAAUCUCCUCUCAUGUUUGCUCCUCAGGUUCUGGUGAUUCUUCUUCAAAGACAAGAUGAUAUCCACAUCCCAAUUCCAUCUUUAAUAAAAUCUCCUUCCAACUAA